AUGCGGCCCAUGCGCUGCGUGCGGGCGGUGCUUUGGCCGCGCCUCCCGCGCCCGGCGCUUCGGAGCUUCGGGGUGCAGCGCCCGGGGCAGCAUGGCGACAAGGCGCGCGCCGGAGCGAGCUGCAAAACGCGGGGGGAAGCCACCGACGCCGAAGCGCCCGAGGUGCACAACAUCGGCGCGGGGCCGGGGGCGCAGGACAUGGACCUGGCGGCCUGGUCCAAGCUGAAGAACUCCGAGGCCCAGAGCGGAAAGCGGGUGGGCAUGGCCAUCUCGGACUCCCUGAGCCACGUUUGGCAGCAGCCGGACGCCGCGAAGGCCGCGAUCAGCUUUGAGCAGCUGCCGGGUGUCAGUCCAGGCGUGACGGCGGUGCUGGCGCGGAAGGUCUUGUCGGAGGAGGAGUGCCGGGCGCUGAUCGCUGCCUUCCCCACCGAGGGCCAAGGGUACAUGGCGGGGGACCGGGUGGCGGAGCUGUACCGCGACCGAAAGGUGAAGAGCCGGGUGCUGGUGAACGACGCCUUCCUGGCCUCGCUGCUCCAGGACCGCCUGGGUCCGCAGCUCCCGCAGGUCCUGGACGGGGGCCGCCUGCUGCAGGUGAACCCCAACUUCCGGCUGGUGCACUACGAGACGGGGGGGCGCCACUCCACCCACAUCGACGGCCGGGAGCCGGUGCAGCCCCGGCGGGAUGAGGAGGCCAACGGCUGGGUGCAAUCGCGGCUGACGAUGCAGGUCUACCUGAACAGCCACGGCAAGGACUUCGAAGGAGGCGAGUUCGCCAUUGUGGACGCGGAAGAAGAGGGCGGGGAGGUCCGGGUGAAGCACACGGUGCGGCCCAGCGCGGGGGAUGUGGUGCUCUUCUAUCAGGAGCGGUUGGAUCCCCCGUCCCAGUGCCCGCCCUAUGAGCUGCAGCAUCAGGGCAACGACGUGACCUGGGGCGAGAAGUUCGCGUGCCGCACCAUGGUGGACUACAUCUUCCCGGACGAGGAGACCGCAAGGCUCAGCAACGUUAAGGACGACACCAUGUUCUCCAGCAACGGCGCUUCACCGUCAGUCCUCGCAAUUGGCAACACCAUCAUCGACACCAUGCUCACCAUCUCCCACAUCCCCAUCGACGAGAAGAUCCACGUGCGGAGCAAGCAGACCUACGUGGGGGGCCAGGGGGCCAACGCAGCGCAGGCCAUGGCGCAGCUGGGUCUGCGCGUGGCGUUUCUCACGCGGCUGGGGGACGACGUGGAGGGCCAGACGGCGCUGCAGGCGUACGAGGGCCUCGACAUGGACCUCCGGCACGCGUUGGUUGUGCCCGGUGCACAGACCAGUGUGGCGACGGUACUCGUGGCCAGCGACGAGGAGCGCCACCGCAGCUGCCUGAUCCACGAUGAUAAGAACUUGAUGGAGGCCUGCGGCCAGGAGAAGGUGGAGGCAGCCAUUCAGCGCCUCAGGUCCGGCCACUUCAGCGCGGUGUACACGGACGGCUGGCAGCUGGACAUGGCGCUUCCCAUUUGCCGGGCUGCCAAGGAGCUGGGGGUGCCCAUCGUGGCGGACAUCGAGGCGAUCUCCCAGAAGACCAUGGAGCUCGCGGAGCUCAGCACCGUGCUCAUCGCCAGCGGCAUCUACGUGAAGAUCCUGGCCGGCAUGCCGGACCUGGUGGUGUCCCUGCAAAUGCUGGCGUCCCCCACGCGGACCGUGAUCGCCACCUUGGGGGCAAAAGGGUCCCUCGGGCUGGUGGGCGACGGGGAGGUGAUCUUUGUGCCGGCGCUGGAGGUGGAUGUGCAAGACACCACCGGAGCGGGGGACACCUACCACGCGGGCUACGCGGUGGCCUUCCUCAGAGGCCAGGGCCUGGAAGAGGCCAUGACCUUCGCGACGACGGCAGCGGCCGCCAAGUGCACCACGCCAGGCCCCGCAGUGACGCUGGCGGCGUUGCAGCGCUUCGGCCUGGCGCCGAGCUGA